AUGAAUAUUGCUAAAUUUGAUAUUUUUUCAUCACAUUUCUUAUUUAAUAUUCAAAAUUAAGACAGAAGAAAAGCAACUACAACAGGGUUUGUUUUAACUUUGGUUACUAUUCUUGUUGUGUUUACAUAUUUUGUUUAUUUGUCGUAUCAUUAUUUCACAAAUUAGAUAGACCCAAAAUACAGAUCUUAAAGUUUAAUUUCGUAGAGCGUAGACUUGCCAUUGAUCAAUGAUCUCAUCGCAUUUAGAUUUGAGUAUGAUUAAAAUAAAAACCUUAUUGAACUAGAAAAAAUAAACAAUAAAACAUAUCUGAAUCACUAUGCAAUAUUUAGAUAUCAAAAUAAAUCUUUUGAAAAUUUAACAGUUUUAAAAUUAUAAAGCUGUUAGAAUCCUUUGCUUUCAGACUUCACUUGUAUCGAUACUUCCCCUAUUUCCGAUUAACUUUUAGAGUUAAACAGCAACUAAAACAUCUUUUCAUAAAUACUCAUUCUAACUUUUGCUUGCUACUCAGAUUAUUUUCAAUAAUAAACUCCUCCGAAUUGUGCAAAUCAAACAGAAUUGAAUAAUGUAAUUGGAAUGUGGAAAUCAAAAUUACAUAUUAAGUUACUUAUGUCUUAGUAUAACUUCACCUCAUAAUAGAUAGAAAUCAACUACAUAGAUAAGUAUUUAUACUUAAGCACAUCAUAGGGUUCUUUUACUUAUUUAACAGCUUAAAAAUACUUAACUACCAUCAAAAAUGGAAUAUUUUUCUAAUCUUCAGUUGAAUAUUCCUCCCUUGGUUCAUACGAGUUUCAGACAUAAUAACUUAAUAUUUUAUAAAAUUAUAUACCUUUAGGAGAGAUGUGCUUUUAACUAGGAAAUAUAAUUUAGCAAAUCGAUAUUUAAUAUCCUACUUUUCCAGAAGUAUUAGCUCUUGUUAAUACGAUAUUCGCUAUAUCUAUGACUCUAGGAUAUUUAGGUAGGCAUUUAGCCCAAGAAUUAAUUAAACAAGAUUUUUUUUUACUUUUUUUACAAAACUUCUACUAGAAUUCUUAUGAAUCAAUUCUAAGAAUAAAUAAUUUAUUCCAAAAUUAAGAAGUAAUUUUUUUUGACAAGAAAAUGAAAAAGUCUGAGGAUAUAGAAGAAAAAAAUACUAAUUAAGAUUAAGAUUAAGUGAGUGUACCAACAAUUUUAACAAAAUCAAAAGAACAGGUUGACAAUAAGUAGUCACUUUUACCAAAUUAAUUGGAUUUUAACAGUUAUUUAGAUGAAUAAAAGGAGCAAAAUAAAGAUGAAACACCAAAAUCAAUAUUCUAUUCAAAAUAAAUUUCUUAAAGUGAUAAAUUAAUUAAUGAGGAAAAUACAUUGCGUAAUAGUAAAAUAACAAGUAGAAAGUAAUCUCAUUUGAAAAAUUAACAAGUCAAAAAAAAUUUAUAAAAUGAUAAUUUAUCAUUCAAAAAAAAUGAAAUUACUAUGACAUUUUCAGAAGCAAUUAAAAGAGAAAUUCCAUAAAUUACAAAUUAAAGUAAUAAUCAUCUAAGAACAGAAAAUACCUAGUAACUUUUAGAAAAAAAGUUAAGUUGCAAAGAUUAUUUGAUUGAUAGAUUAAAAGUGAUUUAAGAUAAAAAUAAUCUAAUUAAGGUGCGCAAAAUAUUAUUUAGCAAAAAGUGCUGUUAACUAUUUAGAAAGCCUGAAAAUGAAAUCUAAAAUUAAAUAAAACGUGAAAUAGAAUAGGAAGUAAUGAGAUAUCUAAAUAUUUUUGAAGUUUACAAAGAUUUGUUAUUUUUGAAAAAAGCUAUAAUGAUGCUAUUAACUCAAUAAUAGUUAGCUGCAAUAAAUUUUAUUGGUUGCUCUCCUCCUUCUUGUAAAAAGUUGAAUUAAGAAAAGAAAGGUGACAUGUCAAAAUAAAAAUAAAUUAGCUUUUUACAAAACCAAAUAGAAAUAUUGUCUUCAAUAGAAUUAUAAUCUUAAUAUUUCUAAAGUUAUAUAGAAAAUUGUUUAAAUAGCGACAAUUUGAGUGAUUUGGACAAAAGAAUAAUAUCCUCCAUUUUCAAAACUGAAUAAAAUUGA